AUGCCCUGCAAACCCGCAGGGUGCUUAACCUCAAGUGGCCUCACGGACCAGGACACGGAGCUCCUCGUCCACUCCAUUGCGCACUUCCCGCACCUCGUGGCGUACCGCAACCUCUUCAUCGACGCGGGCUCCGUGCGUUUCCUCACCCAGUGGCUCCGCUGGCUCGAGGAGUUCCAGUUUGACAACCUCAAGUCCUCCGUACAGAACGAGUAUGCGCUCGUGGCGAGGGCCCUCGCUAGGCUUCUCACGGAAGUGGUGGAGGAUGACGCGAGGGCGAGCCCGACGCCUUGGGGUCUGCCGAGGACGUACAAGCGACCGCAGGAGACCAUGUCGCUCAACGCGGACCUCGCCCUCCGGACAAUGCGGCUCGCUCUCUUCUCACGCUCCCAAACGCUCCCACACCACCUCUUCGAGUCGAACGGCUGGUCGACGUCACAUCACGAGAAUCUGCGUGCCAUUCAAGUGGCGCGAGACGGACGGAUGGGCGAGGGCCGGAAGACGCCAGCCAUACCCGCUGCAGCGGGGCGGAUCGUGCAGCUCGAGGAUGAGGUCUACCAGGCGAACCUGCACCUACCGGAUGAACAACCGUUCCUUCCGUCCGUCAGUUUUGACCUGCCAGUAGUCUCGCCAACUCGCGUCUACGCGCAUGACCGUACCCGCUGCAGCGGGGCGGACACAUGCCGGUGGACCGUGCUCUGA